GAUCGACAACAAGUCGCAAGGAGAACGGCCGUUCGCGAAUCAAUUUUGUCGAGCGUUCGCGCGAAUGAGCUGGUUUCGAUAAGGACUGACGAUAACGCGCGCGUCAAGGCCCUGCCGUGCGCCUGAUUUGGCUUGUGAUCUCGCGCGAGGGCAAAAAAGGAAGCAUGCAAAAUCGACGGUACGCGUCGUAUGCAGAGCACGCCUGCAAGUGUAAAGGAGGUCGUCGGGAUGCGAAGAAGCCUCGAGAUCCGCUCUGGGUACUGCGAGCAAGAGGUAUGAAAGUCAAGAUGUGGGGAACACGGAGCUUACUGUGUUUACUGCUCGCCGCAGCCUUCUUCGGAACGGCUGCCUCUGCGAAUCAAUGCCUAACGAUGUUACAAGAAGUGAACCCUAAGCGAGAAGUUCGGAUCCAAGAAACAUCGGUAAAUAUAACCUUUGGCGUAGCCAAGAGGGUAACAACCCAGAGGCUAGUCAGCAGAGUUGCCAAGAUUUACCUUGAAGAGGCACUCGGCUUCGCAAACAUUUCAUUGAUAGAGACCGAGGAUGAUUUCGAUCUAACGCGGACUAUCACCGAGCUGUCUGGGGCCCGAUCUGCCGAAACGCCAAAGGUGAUGAUCAACAUGGAAGUAUGGGUUCCUCCGGAUUUCGACGAUACGGUGGGGACCCUCAACAGCCGCACCGACGACGCCAACUUGAGUGUGUUGCCCGUCGGCUUGAUAACGUCGCCAGGUCACUUUGGUUGGUUCAUACCGAGCAGAUUGUCAAGGCAGACCGACACAUGGCUGACGUUCACCAAGCAAGAGACUGCCGCGCGCUUCGCCGUCAGCGACGCGAACUUCCGCAAAAUCAUGAGCGUCACGAGCAACGACGAGGCCGAAUUUUACUGUCGAGAGGCGUUCUGCCAAGGCGGAAUGUACGUGCCCGCUCAGUGCCAGUCGAACAAACCGUGCGCUUUGGUGCUCGGCGCUUACGCCGAGACGACCAAGUUCGUCAAGGACCACAUCGAUCAUUGGAAGCUUUACGCCAAAGUCGUUUGGGUAGGACCGCACCUCAGGCAAAUAAUCAAAUCAUUGACCAAAGAGUACCUGCAGCAGAGCUCGGGCUCGUUGCCGCCCGAGCGAUCGCUGGUCGUAGUGCACUGGACGCCGAGCAACAUCAUACCCAACGAGCGCCAGUUCGUGAACGUCGCGUUCCCGAGGUGCCAGACUCGCGGCGCGAGCCAGGGCUGCGCGUACGAGACCAAGAGAUUGGAAAAGCUCAUGUGGGGCGACUUCCCGACCAUCGCCAAAUUGGCUUACGAGUCGAUCAAACUGAUGCACUACAGCGACGACAAGUACGAGAGCCUAAUCAACAAGUACAACGAGAAAUUGAACAGCAUGCAGUACAGCAGCGAAUCCAAGCUGGCGCUCAUCGAGCAGGACGUCGCCUGCGAAUGGCUGCGGGACAACGCCAACUUCACCCUCCAGCAGUGGAUGCCCAGGCAAGAGGACAAGAGCAUCCUCUACGUGGGUGGAAUUUUCCCGAUGAGCGGCACCUUCUACACGGCUAAGUCGAUCGUCCUCGCGGCGCAAAUGGCCAGAACGGCCAUCAACGCCGACGUCUCCGUUCUGCGGGACUACAAUUUGCAGAUGAUCGUGAACGACGGCCAAUGCAAGAGUGAGAUGGUGAUGAAGGCCUUCAUCGACUACAUUCUACAGUACAAGUUUCACAAGCUCAUCGGCAUACUGGGACCCGCUUGCUCCGAAACGAUCGAGCCGCUGGCCGGUGUGUCCAAGCAUUAUCACACGGCGAUCAUGAGUUAUGGCGCCGAGGGCUCUGGCUUCAGCGACAAAACCAAGUACCCGUAUCUGUUCAGGACCAUCGGCGAGAAUCGGCAGUACAAAUACGUCUACUCGCAGCUGCUCAACAAGCUCAACUGGAACCGAGUCGCUGCCUUUUCCGAGGACGGCCUCAAGUACACCGAGUACAUUUCCUACAUGCAAGACAUGCUGCGGACCAAUGGCAUAACAUUCGUAGCUAAUAUCAAGUUUCCACGAGAGUGGAAACCCGAUACCCUAACCAAGUACUUGGAAGACUUGAAGCAGAAGCGAGCGCGAAUCAUAAUAUCCGAUGUUAACGAUCAGGUGGCUCGACAAGCUAUGUGCGAGGCCUACCGAUUGGAAAUGACGGCUGCCCAGGGCUACGUCUGGUUUCUGCCGCAGUGGUUGAAAGACGAGUGGUACGACGCGGACUACUACAAAACGCAAAACGAAACCAUACCCUGCACCACUGACGAGAUGAGGCGGGCCAUAAACGGCCAUUUCAGCAUCUCUCAUGCCAACUUUGCACCCGACGACAGUCUCAUGCAGGAGGGCAUCACCGUGCGGCAGUGGCGCGACAAUUACCAAGACUUCUGUGCCUCCCGUAACGAGCCCACCUCACCUUACGCUGGCUACGCCUACGAUGCCAUGUGGGUCUACGCUUACGCUACUGACCGGCUGUUCAAAACUGAUCCCAAUGCGCUUUUCAAUCUUCACUCGGAGACGACCGUCACCAACUUCAUCGACAUCAUCCAGAAGACUGACUUUUAUGGGGUAUCGGGUAGGAUCAAGUUUGUCGACGGGUUUCGCUCGCGGUUCCCGGUAAUCAACGUCUACCAGCAUAUUGACGGCGAGUCCCACAUCGUAGGAAAUUUUCAUCCAAAUAUAUCCGAGGAAACGAACGAAGUGAUCGGUGGGAAUUUAGAUUUAAAUACGUCGGCUAUCGUAUGGCUGAGCGGCAAAAAGCCAGACGACGGCUCGGAGCCACCAAAGAAAUGCGUGUUUUCCGGAUUCGCAGAGCUGCUCAACGUUUCCUGCGAGGGUGCAAUAGUCAUAGUUAAUAUUAUCGGCUCUGGACUGCUCGGACUGUUCCUUUUAGUCAUCGUCAUCAGCAUCAAGAGAAAGUACGAUCAGAAAGUUCGAGCGCACGAGAAGUACAUGAAAGCUCUGGGUCUGGACUACCUACAACCCGACGCGUCGAGCCUCGACAAAUGGGAAAUCCCAAGGGAGCACGUGGUGAUCAAUCGCAAGCUGGGCGAAGGAGCCUUCGGAGCGGUUUACGGCGGGGAAGCAUGUAUCCCGGAGAGAGGAUGGCUGGCCGUGGCAGUGAAGACGCUCAAAAUGGGAAGCAGCACCGAGCAAAAGCUCGAUUUUCUCAGCGAGGUCGAAGUGAUGAAGCGAUUCGACCACAAAAACAUUAUCAAAUUAUUGGCCGUCUGCAUUAAAUGCGAGCCCGUGCUGACUGUCAUGGAGUUCAUGCUUUACGGCGAUCUAAAGACUUACUUGCUUGCCCGGCGUCACCUUGUCGGCGGCAAAUACAGCCGGGAUAACGAAGAAAUAUCGGCCAAGCUGCUCACCGGGAUGGCUCUCGACAUUGCUCGAGCUCUAAGCUACUUAGCUCAGCUCAAGUAUGUGCACAGGGACGUUGCCUCGAGAAACUGCCUCGUCAAUGCUCAGCGAACGUGCAAACUCGGCGAUUUUGGCAUGACGAGGCCUAUGUACGAGAACGACUAUUACAAAUUACACAGGAAGGUAAUGCUUCCGAUACGGUGGAUGGCUCCCGAGUCGUUGAGUACAGGACUUUUUACACCGGCGUCCGACGUCUGGUCGUACGGUGUUCUACUUUACGAAAUUAUUACCUGCGCUAGAUUUCCCUUCCAAGGCAUGAGUAACAAUGAAGUGCUCAAGUACGUCACGGACGGUAAUUCUCUGACCGUGCCGCACAACGUUAAAUCGCCAUUAGAUAAACUGAUAAUCUCAUGCUGGUCGAUAGACCAGACGAAGAGGCCAACUGCACCGGAAAUCGUGGACUUUUUGGCAAAUAACCCGCGAGUGGUAGCGGCCUGUCCCGAGAAACCCAAAGUUCAGGAGCACACCGACCAAAUGGAAAUGCAGCUGAGCACGACAGCCGACAGGUGUCCCUGGCCGGAAGAGCCAUCGUUGACUACCAGCGGCACUGACGCGAAAAACGAAAAAACCAGUGACACGCCUCUUCUCGACAUCGACGAAUUGGCGGAGCGAGAUAGAAAUGCCGACAUUAUUCAUGGCGAGCAGACCGAGCACGUAGAGAGCACCGAGCCAUUGUUGGGCGAUGCGAUAGAUUCUGGCUUGGGCAGCGGCAGCUCCAAUAGCGACGAUGCCGCUAGGUACGUUAACAUGCAGCCCGGAGUUACCAGCUCGUUUCUCGAUCGGCCCAGCACCGAUUCCGUCGACUGUAUCAUACCCAUGAGCGAAAGAAGCUCGCCGAUCACUCACGCGACCAACUUCAACAACAUGUCGUUCUUGUGAAUCGUUAAGAUUUGGCGUUCCUAGUGGGCAAAUCAGCCAAGUUUCAUCGAACAGUAUAGCGAAUAACAUUUUCGUCGGCCGAAUCGUGCAUCGCCAAUGUAACGACUGGCUCGUGCAAAACUUACUCGUUGCUUUAUUUUCUUGAGACUGAGCAUAGGGGAACAGACUUGGAUGUAAUCAUAGACGAUUGCUUGCUAACGGUUAGAAACAUUACUGAAUUACAUUAGCUUUAGGUAUCCAUGACAAACGCUACAGAUAUUAAACCUAUAAUUAGCGUUGACAGUUAGAUCAUAUUUUAUGAUAAACGAGUUUAUUAUCUUUUGACGUACGUUUAUGUUUAUAUAUUUGCAUCACAGAAACGUCCACGAGUAUUUGUUGUACCAUUUUAAUUUGCAAAUAUUUCAUCUAUCUUAGUAAUAGUAACUGUAAAUUAUUAAUUGGAUAAGCACCGAAAAGCAUAUCGUUAUGACCGGGUCAUUUGUUAAUGUGCACAUUCAUGGAUUUCGCGAUAUUGGUUGCAAUUCUGAAUUGUAAACAAAAUUUUAAUAUUGGUUUUGAUGAUAAAAUUUACUUUUACGAUAAUUGCAAUAGAUUAUCAAUAAGGCUGUGAAUGUAAAUAUGAACAUUUAACGCAAAAAUGUUUACGUGUACCGUGUUCCGUCAUUAAAAAUUUGCUGAUGGAUCAAUGGGUUCGUUCCUGUGCGAUAAUGUUCCUAAAAUAUUUGGCAAGCUUUAUACUAUUUUAGAAUAACUAGUUUUCUCAACUUUUAUAAAACACAUAGUUUAGAAUAAAAAUCAUUUUAUUAUAUUUUAAGUGUUACGAUCGAAGACUUAUCGUAAGAGUAAGGAAUUACGUGCAAUUACCUUGUCAAAUAUAACUCGAAGACCAUGUAUAUACGUAAAAAACGAUAAAGUGAACAUUAUUUUAUAUUAUUUUCAUAUUUGUAAUAUUUUGAUAUCUCGCAUACUUAGUUUUAAAAUCACAAAAUGUUACUAGAAUGUACGCUUAAUAUUUAUUGACAUUUUUAUAAAAAUAGUACUGAAAUUUUCACAACUCUGAGUGUUAUUAUAUCAUCCCUUUUCUGAUGAUUGGGAAAAAUGGUAUUUUUGUAGCGAGAGGGUACUAAUUUUGAGAAAAUAUCGGCUCCUAACAAGAAGCUAGAU